AUGAAAGUUCCUUUAAAAAAAAAAAGGGAAAAAGGCUAUUACAGCUGCUUAGAUUUUGAUAUUUUGUAUAAAAAAAAAAAAAAAAUUAAAUUAAAAUAUUCAGUAAAUAGGGAUAAAAAUUUUAGUGAUACAGAAUUAUUUGAUAAAAAAAAAUUUUAUAUAAAAAAAAGAAAUGGAUAUGUAUAUAAACAGAAGCAUUUCAUUAAGAAUAAUAAAGAUGAUAAAAAAUUAUAUUUGUUUAACAAUGUAGCGAUUUACAAAAAUUAUUUUAAUAAAUAUUGUAAAAAAAAUGAUGAAAAAUUAGAGAAUUUAAAGAAAAUUUUAAAAAUUUAUGAAAAUGUAACAACUAAUGAAAAAAAAAAACUUUAUGAAUUAAUAAAGUUUUUUUCUUUUACUCAAGGUGGUUUUCAAAAUAACAAAUUAAGACAAAAGCUUUGGUUAUUAUUACUAGGAUUUAAUAUAAAUUUAUCAAAAGAAAAAAAUUAUAAUGAUCAUCCUAUAUCAAUAUUGUGUAGAAAAAAAAAAAAAAAAUUUAAAUAUAUUAAUUCUCUUAAAUACUUUAAAUUAAAGUGGAUUAACGAUGAAGAAAAAAAUAAAAGUGAUUUAUAUAAGUUUAAUUCAAAAAAGAUAAAAUCAUUAGAUAUACAAAACAAAAAAAAUAUUUAUUUCUAUAAUACAGAUAAAAAAGAAAAAAAAAAAAUUUUUAAUAAUGACAUGAAAUAUAACGAGGAGAUACAUAAUUUGAGAAGAAAAAAUAGAGAUAAAAAACAUUGUAAUUAUAAUAUAUAUAGAAAUGAAGAAGAAAAUGGAAAUAAAUCAAAUAAUGAUGCAAAAAAUAAUGAUAUUAUUCAUAAUAAAGAAAAAUUAAGGAUUUCUAAAAAUAACAAUGUAAUUUCAUUAAAUGAAAUAAAGGAUAAUAGGAAGCAUAAAAUAAUAAAAAGGAAAUCAUUAAAUAAAUAUAAAGGCAAUGGAAAUAAUUAUGGAGAAGAAUUAUUUCGUUUUUCAGUAAAAUCUUCUUCAUCAUCUUCAAAAUCUACUAUUUCUUCAUCAUCAUAUUUUAAUCCAUUUUCUUUUCAAUUAUCAUCUUUAGGGAAUUCAACUUUAGAUUUUUAUUCUUCAUCUACAUCAUCUUAUACUUCAUCAACAUCAUCUUAUUCUUCAUCUUCUUUAUCAUCUUCAUUCUCCAGAUCUUCUAAUAGCAUUAAUAUAACACAAAAUUCAGGAAGCAAAAAAAAAAAAUCUCCACUUCAUUUUUUUUCUUAUUGUAAUGAAGGAAAAAUUAUUCCUAAUAAAAAUUCAAAUGUAUAUAAUUUUCCCAUUCUUAAUAAAAAAAGAAAAAGAAACGAAAAGAUGAAUAAGAAAAAUAUCUCAGAAUUAGAUAAAAAGUUGAAAAAAAGUAUUCAUGAAAAAUUUUGGAAAAUAAUAAAUUAUUUAAUAAACAUUGAUAAGGAAAAAAAUAAAGGUAUAUGUAAUAAGAAGAAAAAUAAAAAAUUUAUAAUUAAGCUGCUGAAAAUAAUUUAUAAUAAUUUAUUAGAAAUAGAUUUAUAUAUAGUGGAUUUUAUCACCAGAAAAGAUCAUUCAAAAUGUAAAAAAGAUAUUUUCUCAUAUUUAAAGUAUAAUAUUAAACAUAAUUAUAAUUUAAAUUCAAAUUUAAGAAAAUGGAUAAUUGAUAGUGUCCUACUUGAUGAAAAUGAACGAAUUCAAGUAAAAAAGGAUGUUAAAAGAAGUGUUAAUACAUGGAAUGUUCAUAAAAAUAAUAUAUUUGAAAUAAAAAAAAAAUAUCAAUAUAUAUUAAAAAAUAUUAUAUGUAGUAUUUUAUAUAAGCACUCAAAUAAAAUAUAUUAUGCACAAGGUGUUCAUGAUGUUUGUCUUGUUUUUAUAACUUUGUAUUUUCAUAAGUUUUUUUUAAGAUAUAAAAAAUAUGUAUUCUUAGAACGUUUUAUUUCAAAAUAUGUAGUAAAUAAAAUAUGCAAUAAAAUUUUUUCAAAGAAGUAUAAAAAUAAUAGAGAUUAUUUUAUUAGUUAUCCUGAAAAAGAAACAAACGAAUAUAAUGGAAAUUUUUUUUUAUUUAAAGAAAAUUUUGAUAAUAAUAGUAUAUAUUGCAAUCAAAAAAAAUUAAAAAAAAAUAAAUCAAAUGAUAAUAAAUAUGAUGAAUAUAAUGAAAGUUUUAAUUCAUUAUCGAAAACAGAAAAUUUUAUUAAUAAUAAUAGUAAUUAUGUAAAAAAAAAAAAAAAAAAAAAGUUGAAUUAUGGUUUAUUUCAAAAUAUUAUUUAUAAUAUGUUUGUGAUGGAAGAAAAAUAUAUUGAGAAAAUUUGUUUGAUUAAAAACAUAAAUUUAGAAAAAUAUAUAGAAUAUAAAAAAAAAAAAGAGAAAAAAGAAUACAUAGUUUAUUUGUUAUGUGAAAGAUUCCUUUUAUUUUAUAUGAUUGAUUAUUUAACUUUAUCAUUAGAUGUUUCCAUUAAAAAUACAUUUAAAAGUAUUGGCUUAUUAUUAAAAUACUUAGAUAAAGAGGUAUAUGAUGUUUUUUGUUUAUUGCAAAAAGAGCAAGAAUAUGAAAAUACAAAACAUAAUAAAAAGUCUAUAAGCAAAUCAGAAAAUUAUGAAAAUUCUCUUAAAUUAAAUGGUAGCGAGUUUUUUUUUUGUCUAAGUUGGGUAGUUACGUAUUAUUCUCAUGUAUUUACAGAAUUUGAUAAAUUAGCUAGGAUUUUUGAUACAUUAUUAUCAAACAAUGGGAUUUUUAUUAUAUAUUUUACAGGUUCUAUUAUUUUAUAUAAAAAAGCUGAAUUGUUACAAAUAGCAAAUAAAAGAAAAAGGCAUCAAUGUUAUAAUAAUUUAUAUUCAGAAACUCAUUAUAUUUUUCAAAAUAUGAAAUGGAAAGAUAUAAAUGUUGAAGAUAUUAUAAAAAAAACAUAUUAUUAUAUGAAUUAUAAACUACCAUUUAAUUCAUUUUUAAAAAAAAUCAAAAAAAAUAUAUCAUUUCCCCCUUUUUCUCCUAUAUAUAGUUAUCCAUUUAUUUUGCAUCAUUUUAAUUAUAAAACAAAACAAGAAGAAUUAAUGAAUCAAACGGUUGAAAAAUCUCUUUUGAAUUUUUAUACAUAUAAUAAUGUAAGAAAUGAAAUAAAAUAUCAAAAUGAAGAAGACACCAAUGGUGUUUUAUAUUGUGAAAAUGGCAUACAGAAUACUAAUCUAAAAUACAGUGAUAGUAUGAAUAAUUUUGAUAAAAAAUUUAAGCAAAAUUUAAAUAUAACAAAUUAUAGAAACAACAAUAUCAGUAGUAUCGUUAGUUACAAUUCAAAUUGUAUAAAUAGUAAAUUUAUUAAUGAUUUUGAGAAAAAAGGUUAUUUUACUGAUUCGUAUAAUUUUAACAUAUAUAAUAAUAAUAUUGAAUCAUAUAAUGAGUAUAUUAAUAAUAUCUUAAAUAAGAAAGAUUCAAAUGAAUUAUAUAAUAAAGACUAUUACAACCUGAAAAAAAAUAAAUAUAAUAAAGAUGAUAAUAUUUAUUUACAUUAUCCAUAUUCUAUUUUGUGUAAUAAUUUAGACAUAAAUAAUAAAAUUAUAAAGAAACAUUUACUCGUUGAAAAUUUUUUUGAAUAUGUAUUUUAUGAUUUUAUUGUAAAUUAUGAAUUUAUAUGUAAUAAAUAUAAUAUAAAAUCAAAAAAAAAAUAUUAUAUCAUUCAGUAUGCUAAUGUAAAAAGUAAAAAAGAUUAUAUAAUUGAAAAAAGAAAAAGAGAAAUACAGAAAAAAAAAUUUGAAAAAAUUUUUCAUAAGAUGGCAAAACAUAUUAUGUUUCUAUGUAUACAAAAAUGUGGUAUUCAAAAAGAUAAAUUUAUUUAUUUAAAUUUUGCAACAAAAAAAAAAAAUAUAUUACCACUUGGUAAUUUUAAAGUUAAAAAGAAUAGUAAAAGAAUAAUAGGCAUUAUUCCACCUAUUUAUAAAUACAUAAUAGAAAACUCUAAUGUAAAUAAGAAUGUUGUCUCUUAUAAAAAAAUUAAGUUAAAUACAUUUAAAACAACAAAAGAAGGUAAAAAAAAAAAAAAUUUUGAACAUAUAUUAUAUAUUGUCAAAACUUCUUUUUAUAAUUGCUCAUAUGUAAAUUUUUUUUUGCUUUUUUUUUUAUUAUCAUUAAUUUCAUCUAUUUUUUACUAUCACCGAUAG